AUGGAUGUAGACAGAAAAGUCAUGUAUGCCUUUAGAGGCUGGAUUGCAUUUGUAGCUUUCAUGGAUCUCGGAACGGCCGUAAGAAGUUACAUAGAAAAACGAUCAUUCCUUAGCAAAACUAUAUCAGAUUUAGAUGAAUAUGUAGAUGGAGAAUUUACUGCCUCUAGAGUUUUAGGAGUUUACUCGAUUCUAAAAGCAAUAGUAUUAAUUCACUGCACUUUAUACAUUCACUACAAGCCGGUUGUUAGUAUGGGAAUAUGCUCUCUAAUUUCCAAUGUACUUCUAUAUAUUUCCGAAACUAUUUAUUUUAGAGCUGCUACUUUGAACUUUUAUGUAGUUUUUCCAUGCAUUCUAAAUGCUGUAACCCUAGCAGGUUUAUUAUAUUUACCAAAUAGUUUGAAAAUUUGGGAGUACCAAGAUCAAGGGGAAGAUGAGGAUGAAAUGAAAUCUGGAAUGUUCAGAAGGAAGAGGAAUGUUCGCAAGAGAGACAAAAUCAACUGA